AUGAAAAGGAAUAAUAAUACAAUCAUUGUAACAAUAAUAAUAAUAUUAAUAGUUUUGGUAAUUGUACCAAUACAAAUGGUUCAAGCCAACAACAACAACUUUAAUUCAAAAUGUUUGGAUCAUUAUGGAAAUAAAUGUAAUCAAGUUAAUUUAUGGAUCAAUUUUAAAGACAAGGCAUUAAAUAUUAAUAAUAAUAAUAAUAAUAAUGGAAUAACAAAUGAAUCAAUUAAAAGAAGAUUAAAAAAGAAUUUACCAAUUGACAAUGCUUUGGAUCAAGAGAUUGAUGAAAAUUAUAUAAAAUCAGUUUUGGAAAUUGAUUCUAGAAUCCAAAAGAGAUCAAUUUCAAGAUGGUUAAAUGCAUUCUCAGUAUCAAUAGAUAUUGGAAGUUUGGAUGGAAUUGAAAACAAGAAACAAGAAUUAAAUGGAUUGAUUGAAAAGAUUUUAUCUCUUUCAUCUGUAAGCAAUGUAGAAGAAGUUAUAAAAUUCAAUGGAAUCAAACAAGAAUCAAAAUUGGUAUUGGAUAAAUCAAACUUGCAAGUUAUUAAUUCCAAUACCCCAAAAGCAUCAACAAAAUAUGGUGAUACUGAUUAUGGAAAUUCAUUUACUCAACUAAAUCAAUUAUCAAUCCCAAAUGCACAUUCAAAAGGAUAUACAGGAAAAGGAGUUUCAAUUUUAAUAAUUGACUCUGGUUUUUAUAAAGAUCAUGAAUGUUUAAAGAAUGUAAAUAUUGGUGGUGAAUAUGAUUUUAUAAACAAGUUGAAUAAUACUCAGGGUUUAGAUGGAGAUUCACAAAAUGUACAUGGAACAUAUGUUUUAUCAAAUUUAGCAGGAAACUUGCCUGGAAAGAUGAUUGGGGUAGCCUAUGAUUCAAAAUAUUAUUUGGCAAAAACAGAAAUUGUACAAGAUGAAUCACCAAUUGAAGAAGAUUAUUUUAUUGAUGCAUUGGAAUGGGGUGAAAGAAAUGGAGUUGAUAUAGUUUCAGCAUCUUUGGGAUACUCUCAAUGGUACAAGUAUUGGGAACUCAAAGGAAAAUCAUCAAUUUCCAAGGCAGUAGAUAUUGCAACGGAAAAGGGUGUAUUGGUUGUAAUUAGUAGUGGAAAUGGUGGGUACACUGGUGUGGCACCACCAGCCGAUUCAAAUGGAGCCAUAUCAGUUGGAGCAGUAGAUGAAACUGGAGAAUGGGCAUCGUUUAGUUCAGUUGGUCCAACAUCGGAUGGUAUUCUCAAACCAGAGGUAGUAGCACAAGGAGUAUUAAAUUAUGCUGCCAAUUCCGAAUCACCAUCUUCAUACAGUUAUCCAAGUGGUACAUCAUUGUCUGCGCCAUUGAUAGCAGGUGUAGCAGCAUUGGUUUUAGAGGCUCAUCCAGAGUACACUCCCGAACAAGUAAAACAAGCUUUAUUCUCUACAGCUUCUCAAGCCAACAAACCAGAUAUUUAUAAAGGUUAUGGUUUGGUAAAUGCAAUCAAAGCAAUCGACUUUAAAUUAAAUAAUCAAUUGAAUUCAAAUAAUAUUAGUGGUAAUAAUACUAUUCCUUUAGUUCCAUGUGGAUAUACUUGUGCUCAAAAUCAAGGUAAAUGUAACGAAUACAAUUGCUUUGAGUGUCUGGCCCCAGAUAUCAAACCUCACAAGGUCAAGACACCCAUUUCAUGUGAUGGUCAUUCAGUUGCAACAGAUCAAUGGAAUGGUGCAUCAACCAUAUCAACAUUCCAUUGGGGAGUAUCCACUUUGAUAUUGAUCUGUGUCACUCUACUCGUCACAAAUUAA